UUAGGGCAAGAAGACGAGAAGAACCAAGCCAUGGAUUCUCUGGAGAAGCUCGAGACCCUGCAAGCACGCAUCCUCCAUCGCAUCACCGAGCUAGAGAUCUCCCUCUAUGGUCAGCAGCUCGCCUCCGUCUCCCUCUCCUCCAAUGACUCCACAGCCCCUGCCGGCGACACCAUGGACUCGCGCCUCACUGCCAUCCUGAUUGCCCUCGGCGUCGAUGAUUUCUUGUUCAAGCGCGUCCCUUUCGACUACUACGACCGCUCCCUCGAGUCCAGGAGGGACAUCCUCGGCGCUCCCUCCAUCGAGCACCUCUGCAAAAGCAUCGUCUUGGUGAAUACCCAAGCUCCGGCUAGUGUUACUGAUUGUAGUGAUCGCAAUAAUUCAAAAUAUUAUGUUGUUGUCAUUCAGUAUAUGGCCCGGCUUAAUGCUGAAAAUAUUAAGAAUUUUCUCUAUGCACUCAAUGACCGAAAGAUACCAAAGAAAAGAUUCAACUUUAGGCUUGCUCCAGAGGAGGAUUCAUAUGAACUGACUGGAUAUGGGCAUAAUGCUGUGACAUGCUUCGGCUCGAAAACAAACAUUCCGGUUAUCUUGGAUGAAGCAAUCACAAAGCUGGAACCGAAUUUCUUCUGGCUGGGCGGCGGGGAAGUCGAUCUCAAGCUGGGGAUCAGAACACCUCAAUUCAUAACUGCCAUUAAACCCUUCAUUGUGAGCUGUAGCACAUGAAGCACUUCCGAUUGUCGAUAACUAUCAAUCUCAACCAUUGGAUCGCACAGUUAAAUUCUUCAAUUCACAUUCAAACUGGGGAUUAGAGAGGAGCAUGUCUGUCUUUUUUGCAGCAGACUUCACUUUCAUGCCACUCUUCUAUUCACACCAAAUUGUUUAUUUAUUGGAAGUUUCAAUUGGAAGAGUAAAUUGCUGAUUGUUUUAUGUGUCUAGGAGGAGACAUUUUUGAAAUCCAUCAUUUUAUUUGUCCCAAAAUUAACUUUGUAUAUUACAAGCACCCUGUAAUUCGUGCCCUAAGUGCACAUGAUUUGCCCUAGGGUUUCAUAUUAAAUUGAGAAUUCUACAUUGAUUCAUUGAAGAGCUAAAUUAAAUGGAUUA